AAGUAACUGUAAACCUGAACGAGAAUUAAGAAAUUCUUAUUUUCAGAAGACGGAAUCCUCCAUUUCCGUAUUCCUCAAAAUUGACACUGAGAAUCCCUAAAUAUUACUUUUCGUGUUCUUUCUUAUUUUAUCAAAUAUUCUGUGUCUUCAAAGAGGAGUAAAUCAGUGAUUUACUAAGCGCAUUUUUUAUCUGCAAAAAUGUUAGGUGAAAAUCAACAGGAAGAUGCCGGCUCUGCUCCAAGGCCGCACCGAAUCAUCAAACUUGGCAAAGCCACCGAUGACAAUGAAAAGAAGAUUUCAAACAAAAGAGUUAAAGAUGUUGAAGUUUGCGUUCCAAUAGUAUGUGGAACAAUUGCCUUUUAUCUUGGUCGAAAGGCGAGCGAUUCACAGUCACAUAAGUGGACUGUCUAUGUACGGGGAGCUUCAAACGAAGAUCUUGGGGCGGUUAUCAAGCGAGUUGUUUUCAAAUUGCAUCCAAGUUUCAAUAACCCCACCAGAGUGGUCGAAUCUCCUCCUUUUGAGCUGUCGGAAUGUGGUUGGGGUGAAUUUGAAAUUGCCAUCACCCUUUUCUUCCAUAGCGACACCUGUGACAGGCAGUUGGAUUUGUUUCAUCAAUUAAAUUGUACCUGAGAGAAUCUGGCC